UGAUUCAGGUAUCUAGAACCUGCAGGACACCGGCCCUGGACACUUGGAGUUCCCCACUUGUGAUCUAUAAGAAGCUGCUAAAUAAGUGGAAUUGAUGUGAAUAAAAGUUUUAAUUCAGAUGUUGUUAAUGUUCGGGUCUCACUGCAUUGCCAUCUUUGUGCGGACUUGUUUCACUUUGGCUGAGCGCACACUCAUAAUCAGCCACGGUUCGCUCAUGCUAAGCCCGCGUUUCCUACCACGCUGAGUACUGAGGGGCUGAAUCCUGGCACUCGGCACGCUUCAGGUCAUCCAGGGUUGCUACCUUGCAGCACUCCUGCGUGUUCAGCGUCCCGGGCACCUGAAGCUCCCAGCGGCAGGUGGACGCAGGAAGGCUGUAAGAAGCUCUCCGUGGUCGUUUCAAACGGCUGCUUUUUCCGGUUUUACUCAAUCGAAAGAGGUCCGGAGCUCUGGCCCGUGCCUCUGUCUCCCCCUCCUGUCCUCAGCACCGGGUUGCGUUUUCCUCGAUUAUUUUCCACUCACUUUCUCGCAGUUUAAAAUGGCGGCGUUGAGCAGCGCCGAGUCCCCACCGCCCGUCUUUAACGGAGACACUACGGAGCUGGAGCCGGGCAGGGAGCGGGGCCUGGACGAGCUGGGCGCCGGACUGGACUCGUCCUGCUCGUCGGGGAUCCCGGGAGGUCCGCAGGAUGAGGAGAUCUGGAACAUCAAACAGAUGAUAAAGUUAACACAAGAACAUCUGGAGGCUCUCCUGGACAAGUUUGGCGGAGAACACAACCCUCCCUCCAUUUAUCUAGAGGCCUAUGAGGAGUACACCAGUAAACUGGACGCUCUGCAGCAGAGGGAGCAGCAGCUGCUGGAGGCCAUCGGGAACAGCGCAGACUUCUCCUGCUCUCAGUCUGCUAUACCAGCCCUUCUGGAAGUCAAGAUAGGAGGUUGUGGGGUUGGUGCAGGGCCUCAGGCUUUCCACUCGGCCCCAAACACUUUGGCUGUCCUGCAGACCCCCACUGACACAAGCCGAGCCAACCCUCGCUCCCCCCAGAAACCCAUUGUCAGGGUCUUCCUGCCCAACAAACAGCGAACAGUGGUGCCGGCACGCUGUGGGAUGACUGUGAGGGACUCCCUGAAGAAAGCCUUGAUGAUGCGAGGACUCAUUCCAGAGUGCUGUGCGGUCUAUAGGAUACAGGAUGGAGAGAAGAAGCCUAUUGGCUGGGACACAGACAUCUCGUGGCUGACGGGGGAGGAGCUGCAUGUAGAAGUGUUGGAAAACGUGCCGCUCACCACACACAACUUUGUGAGGAAGACUUUCUUUACACUGGCCUUCUGUGACUUCUGCAGAAAGUUGUUGUUCCAGGGUUUCCGCUGUCAGACCUGUGGCUACAAGUUCCACCAGCGGUGCAGCACUGAGGUUCCUCUCAUGUGCGUCAACUACGACCAGCUCGACUUGCUACUAGUGUCCAAGUUCUUUGAGCACCACCCGUUCACCCAGGAGGAGGUCUCCUCAGAGGGAACCACGCCUGUGUCUGAGGCCUGUCCGUCACUUCCCCCAUCCGACUCCACUGGAUCAAUAUGCCACACCACUGUGUCGCCGUCCAAAUCCAUACCCAUCCCGCCCAGUUUCCGGCCCAACGAGGAGGACCACCGCAACCAGUUUGGCCAGCGGGACCGUUCAUCCUCUGCCCCCAAUGUGCACAUCAACACCAUCGAACCGGUCAACAUCGAUGACCUGAUUCGAGAUCAGGGCUUACCGAGGUCAGAUGGAGCCCCCCCGACCCACCCCGCCUGCUGCUUGAGGAAGCACCGAACACGGACCUCAAGCCCCCUCCUAUACUCCUAUCCCAAUGACAUAGUGUUUGAUUUUGAGCCCGAGCCUGUUUUCCGAGGUUCGACCACAGGUCUGUCGGCCACGCCUCCCGCCUCUCUGCCUGGCUCUCUGACCAACGUCAAGGUCCCACAGAAGUCGCCGUGCCCGCAGAGGGAGCGCAAAUCGUCCUCCUCGUCCGAGGACCGCAAUAAGAUGAAAACCCUGGGGAGGCGGGACUCCAGUGAUGACUGGGAAAUCCCGGAAGGUCAGAUUACUCUGGGUCAGAGGAUAGGCUCUGGAUCUUUUGGAACUGUCUUCAAGGGAAAGUGGCACGGUGAUGUGGCAGUGAAGAUGCUGAAUGUCACCGCUCCCACGCCACAGCAGCUUCAGGCAUUCAAGAAUGAAGUGGGAGUCCUCAGGAAAACGCGUCACGUGAACAUCUUGCUCUUCAUGGGCUACACCACCAAGCCCCAGCUGGCCAUCGUGACCCAGUGGUGUGAAGGCUCCAGUCUGUACCACCACCUGCACAUCAUCGAGACCAAGUUCGAGAUGAUCAAACUGAUCGACAUAGCCCGACAGACCGCUCAGGGCAUGGAUUACCUGCAUGCCAAGUCCAUCAUACACAGAGAUCUGAAGAGCAACAAUAUUUUCCUCCAUGAGGACCUAACAGUGAAGAUCGGGGACUUUGGUCUGGCUACGGUGAAGUCCCGCUGGAGUGGCUCCCACCAGUUUGAACAGCUGUCAGGCUCUAUUCUUUGGAUGGCUCCAGAGGUAAUCCGGCUGCAGGACAAGAACCCCUACAGCUUCCAGUCGGACGUGUACGCCUUUGGCAUCGUACUCUACGAGCUGAUGUCAGGAGCGCUGCCCUACUCCAACAUCAACAACAGAGACCAGAUCAUAUUCAUGGUGGGACGAGGUUACCUGUCCCCUGACCUCAGCAAGGUCCGCAGCAACUGUCCAAAGGCCAUGAAGAGGCUGAUGGCUGACUGCCUGAAGAAGAAGAGAGAGGAGCGGCCUCUCUUCCCUCAGAUUUUGGCAUCCAUUGAGCUGCUGGCUCGCUCGUUACCCAAAAUCCACCGCAGCGCCUCGGAGCCUUCGUUAAACCGAGCUGGUUUUCAGACAGAGGACUUCAGUUUGUAUGCCUGCGCCUCACCUAAAACCCCCAUCCAGGCCGGCGGUUACGGGGAGUUUUCAGCAUUUAAAUAAAUGGCGGCAGAUACCAGCAGUCCAUCCCUCGUCACUCCUCAACAGUCUUGUGUCCCUGCGGUGGAUUCAUUCAUUACUGGGAAAAAAAAGAAAAAGGAAAAAACCAAUGCGCCGUUUUCUUCCUCCGUCACCUCGAAGAAGGCAGCCUCACUAACAAGAAGCCGUCCAUUGGGCAGACGGCAGCAACACACACAAACUAAUCAGGAACGACGGAACAACAACAAAGCGAAGACAAAGAUAUCCGUACCAAACCGCUUUGAGGAAGACGUGGAAGUAAUCGCCUUGCCUGAUGGAUCCAAGUUGACCCACAGAGGAAAACCAUUUAAAGGAGAGCUUUGGAUGCGAGUUGUCCGGUCGCUGUUGUGCCGGUGAGGAGGAGCUGGGCGUUAGCCGUGCUGCUGAGCAGAGAACGGGCCUGCGGACCGAGAGGAGGCUUCACGCCGUCAGCUGCUGGAAGGCGUUGGCGCUUCCCUGGGAUGGGCUGGAGGAGAAGGAUUCUGAAGGACGAUGACUUGAAAGAGAAAUCUGUUUGUAUUUUUUCCAUUUGUGUUUUCCAUUUUAGCUAGCAGCUGCUGGGAAUACUUUCUGUCUUGGAUCUUUUAGCCGUCUUUUGUUUUCGGUGUUUAUGGAGUUUGUCUCCAACAUGGCAGCUGCUCUCUGCCAGCGAGGCUCUCUCUGGGUUUAAUGGCAGGACAGCAAAAGAUCUGCACCUCAACCAUGUUCUCCACUUUAAAAGCUUUCCCCCUUUCAAAGGAUAUUGUGGUCAUGUGACAAGCAGCAGAAAUGAUUGUCUCCAAGGUAACAGGUCACAGACAGCCGAAGGUUUCAGCUGGACCUGCUCGUGGGGUUUCUUUGCUUCUCAUCGUUUUCACAGAUUGAUUUUCACACUGCGUGCACGUUGUGGCGUUGCUUUCUUCUCUUCCUGUGGGACCACAAAGCUUUAACGUUGCACUCACACAGACGUGUUACCGGCUGUUGAUCAAGAGUUCUGCGGCUUUGACAGUUCUGGAAAUGUCCUUUAAUCCCGCCGUUUACAUUCUCUGUACUUUCAUGUUAUUCCAGGUUUAGAUCUGUUCUGCUCUUUGUUUGCCUUCUUCCUGUACAGGCAGGCCUGCACAUACUGACUUAUUUAUGUGACUUUUUUAUGGGUUUAUUUUCAGGCUUUUAUUUUUUUUACAACCCUUGUUUUCGUCAUGUGACUCAUAUUUGCACUUUGAUGGAUUGAAGCGAACGAGCGACUCGCCUUUUUGUUUUUGUUUCGUUGUUUCUAAUUGAAGAAGCGAGCAGAUGGCUCAGACUUCCAGUGAAGCUGCCCUCCGCAGGUGCAGGACUGUAAAUAUUCAUUCGAGGACCGCGUGACGAGCCUGCAGACCUGCCGGCGUACCGCCCUGACGAGGCUCCUGGCCUCACCUCGUGGACUGAGAGCGCGCAGCUAGUUGACGUGUCAGACCGAGCGCCGACAGGGCGGGUCUUCGCAUCCACGUGUGUCUUUCUAUUACGAAUGAUGGAAACGGACGUUCCCCGUCACCUCCAUGGCUUCCUUUCCAGUGAGUUUGUAUUUUUAACGUUGUUUCAGUCGCCGCAUCGUGAGAUGAUCAGCUUUAGAAAAUCGAACUAAACCGGUGCUGUCACGUAGCCAACAAACGUUAGAUUCAAAGUAUCUGCAGAAAAAGAGAACCUGCCAGGCUUCAGCCCACAGCUGGGGUCUUACUCCACGUGAGUGGCACACAGAGCCGAGGGGGUCGUGGAGUCUGCGAGAGUACAAAUGUCCACCGGCUGUCGGCGUCGCGAUCUGCUGUCUGUUUUUGUACGGCUGCACGCGUGGGCUUUGUUUGUUUCCCAGUUUAUUACAGAGAGACCGCGUUGUUGUCACCACUUCAACUAGCUGGACGCUGCCUUUAGUAAAGUCGGGCACGGACUAAACGUGAGCAAAGAGCCGGUGACGGCAGACGAAUUGAAAGACUUGAUCUGAUAAAAGUGAAAGCUUUCCUUGCCUGGUUACCCUGGACGUGGCUGUUUGCUAACACGUCAGCCAAAGCUGCAGGGACAGGAUGCAUCGCUGCACACAGCAUUUGUCUGUUGUAGUUACGUUACAGAAUUCUUCUGACAGCUCUGCGCAUGCACAGUGUCGUCCAGCGUCACCUCUCGGAGCGAGAAACUGUUCGAUUGAAAGGUUCGAAUUCAGUGUCCGGCGCUCAAAACUUCCAGAAGCCCAGAACCAAUCGUCGAUCAGUAACGAGCGUUUAUUUACCCGCCUCCGUCUGCCGCUUUUACAGAUGAUGUGUAGAGGUCAUGUUGGCCUUGUUAAUAAAUGACAUAUCGUCCUGUCACUGGGGAGGUUUUGCUGCUACCCACGGCUCCCUCAAGCUUUGCCCACAGCUGCCAUUUUCUCCAGAGGACUCUUUAAAGUGUCCUGUGCAGGUGAUUGUGUCACCAGAGCGAUCACUGCUGAGAGUCGUGAAGAUGAUGAAGAAGCUCUGCUGUCAGUGAAACCAAACUCGGGUACCCACAGAGCAGGACGAGGUCCGUCUGAAUGCUCCAGUUAUCAGUUUGAAGCUUCGUCACGCUGCACAGAGACGUGGACGGGUAGAGUCAGCAGUGGUUGCCUUUGAGUCUCGUGCGUCGCGUUACAUAAGCUAAAGAGUUACUUCGCUUCCACAGUCCUACAUUUCUUACAGAGGCACUAAAAUCCCAACAUCAGACUUUUUACAACUUUCCACUCGUCUUGUUCACAUGAUGCACAGGAGCUGCGUCUCACGGUCUUAUUCGGUCACACAGAAGUGAAACUGUCCAAAGUUUGGAUGGAGAAGUUCUGAGUUCACGACUUAAAGCACCAGAGUCAUCGGGCCAUGGAGAUGCUGAUGAAGACCGAGUGAUGCAGCACCUGAGCUUAGCCUCACCGCACCGAGCACACGGCCGCCUUCCACAGGCAGUGUUAACAUCCUCCUUCCUGCCGCCUGCAGAGCUGGGAUCGGCUCACGUGAUUGAAUUCAAGGAAGGAAAUUGACGUGUUUUUCAAGAGUGCUCCGUUGGUUUUCCUUGGAGAUGGUUAUUUUCUAUAGGAACACCAUGUACAUCUGCUCUAGCUUCAUAGAUCCUGCAGGAGCAAACACUGGACUCUCGUGCAGCGCUUUCCGUUAGCCGCCUUCUUCUACUUUCACGUUCCUUUCUUCUUAAACAUUCCCUCCCUCACUCCUUGCCUGCACCUUAGACCCAACAAUUCCUUUCAACCGAGUACUAUCAUGUAAAACUUUAGAUUUGUUUUGUUUUUUUCACCUGUAAAUAUUGUACAAAGGAAAUACUGUCAGUUUGCUAGGAGGCAUGGAGACAACAACUGUACAAACAAAGUACAACACGUUCAAAAUAAAGUCACAAAGAUUAAAAGACAUUUUCAUAGGCAAACAAAUGUUUGAGUGUAAAAAUAUUUAAGGGUGUAUCAUACAGAGAAAGAGCUUAAUGUAUUUGUUGUGAAUAUAAAAAACUGAUAUAUUAAAGAAAUGCAUGAAAACUUUA